AUGGACUCGACUAAUGAGGACACAGAGAAGAAGGUCAUCGCUGAUGAAGAAAAGGGUUAUGAGAAUGGCUCCGAUUCAGUUUCACCGAUCGAAAUGGUGGACGAGUUGACUUACGAUACAGGCUUCAUCUCAUGGCUACAGGUUUUGGGUUCGUUUUUCUUAUUUUUUAAUUCAUGGGGUAUAAUCAAUACAUGGGGAGCAUAUCAGACCUAUUAUGAGCAGACUAUUCUAGCAAACACUUCAUCCUCGACAAUUGCCUGGAUUGGAUCUUUACAGUCCUUUCUACUAAUGCUAGUUGGAGUCAUCACUGGCCCCCUCUUUGACGCAGGCUACUUCCACGCUCUUCUUGGAUUUGCCGCUUUCAUGCUACCAUUUGGUUUGAUGAUGACCAGCAUUUCGACCAAGUUCUGGCAGUUGAUCCUUGCACAAGGGAUUUGUGUUGGCCUGGCAGCUGGUUGUCUCUUCGUGCCAUCCGUGGCUCUACUGCCACAGUACUUUCGCCGCAAGAGAGGACUCGCAAAUGGCAUUGCGGCCAGCGGUAGCAGCAUCGGUGGCGUAGUCUACCCCAUCAUGUUUGAUCAGCUACAGCAAAAAGUCGGCUUUGCUUGGGCUACCCGGGCAAUAGGCUUCAUCUGUUUCGGUACUAUCUGCAUCUCGCUCGGCGUCAUGCGCAUUCGAAUCACGCCAAAGGAGAAGCGUAGCCUGUACCAGCUCUCUGCUUUCAAAGAACCGGCGUUUGUUCUGUUUUCUGUCGCCAUGUUUAUUGGUUUCCUAGGUUUCUACAACUUCCUCUUCUACGUACAAUCAUAUGCCAUAAACACUGGUAUCGUGGAUAAAAACCUCGGUUUCUACCUGCUGUCAAUGCUCAACGCUGCCUCAACGUUCGGACGUAUCGGUCCCAACUUCCUUGCUGAUCAUGUUGGACCUCUCAACGUGCUCACACCGGCCGUGUCCAUUACCACAAUUUUGGCAUUUGUAUGGAUUGGUGUCCAUACCACUGCCGGUAUGAUUGUACUGAGUAUUCUCUAUGGAUUCUUCUCGGGUGGAUUUGUUUCACUUCCUCCGGUCGUCAUGGCUUACAUGACACCUGACGUGCGGGAACUGGGCACUCGCAUGGGAAUGGUUUUUGCCGUUACCUCUAUUGGUGUGCUGAUUGGAACCCCCAUCGGUGGAGCCAUUUUGAAUAAAUCUGGAGACUACCUUGGUGUUCAGCUUUUUACUGGCUGUUGCCUCGUCGCAUCCUCUUGCCUCAUGGCUAUUCUGAGGUUUGUGGUCUCUGGACCAAAAUUGAUUUGUAAGACUUGA